AUGGACAUGCACGGACACCUCGCCUUCCUCCUCCUCCUCCUCCGCUUCCAUGCCCCAGGGACUUUCGUCAGAGCGACAGCCCUGCUUGACAUGCCUCGUGUGGUGGCCCUGAGCGAGGACACGGAGCCGGGCACCCGCGUGGCCGAGGUGACCGUGUCCUGCAGCAAUGCCAGUGGCAGCCCCAACGUCACCCUGCGUGGUACGGAGCCCGGCCACCCCUUCAACCCCAUUGCCAUCAGUGUUGACCCCACGGCUGCUGCCACGUUUCGGGCAGAGGUGACACUGCGUGCUGAUGCGGAGCUCGAUGCCCGCCGGGUGAACCAGUACACCCUGACUUUGUGGGCUGCCUGUCCCGGUGAGGAGGAGGUGGAAGAGCAGCUCUUUGUUCGGGUGACAGUGGGGCAGGUGCUGCGCUGUGACAGCCCCUUUGCCAGCACGGAGGGAGACAUGGUACGGGUGUCAGCUGAUGUGGCACCCAGGACACCCCUGUACGCGGUGCUGCCACAGCCACUCGGCGGGCUGACGUUCCAGCUCAAAAACCAUGACACACCGCUCACGCUCACCCGCCGGGGCCUGGUGCUGGCGCCUGCCAGGGGCUUCAACCCCAGCAAGGACACCCAGACAUUCAGGCUGGAGAUCGACGUGACAGACCACCACGGGCACAACUGCAGUGGGACCUUGAGGGUAGAGGUGCUGCCAUCACGCCGUCCCCGUGUCACCUUCCUUGAGCCACAGCUGGCUGUGACAGUGCCAGAGGGCACCAGACCCUUGGAGGUGGUCACACAGGUCCAGGCCAGUGGGGAAAAUGUCCGCUAUGCCAUCCUCGCUCCUGUGGCACCUGCACUUUUCACCAUUGAUGAGUUGACAGGUGAGAUCCGCAGCACCCGCCGGCUGGAGGUGGCCCAUGCACUCCUCCGUGUCCGCGCUUACAACGCGCUGCACCCUGCUGACCACGCCACCACCACCAUCAAUGUCACCGUGCAGGGGACAGACCAGCGGGCACCCAUCUGCACCCCAGCCAUCUCUGUGUCCCAGGUGCCUGAGACAGUGUCCCUUGGCAGCACCCUGGUGACACUGAGGUGCACUGACCCUGCUGGCACUGAGGGGGAGCUGCACUAUGCCCUUGAGGCACCCCUUGCCUCCCGCUCCCACUUCUGCAUGGAGGGGCCACAGCUGCAGGUCAACACCACCUUGGACUACGACUCGGAGGACGCAUCCUUGGUGGGCUUCCAGUUCACAGUCACCAUCGUGGUGACAGCAGGAGGGCAGCCCCCGCGGAGCACUCAUGUGCCUGUGCUCGUGACGGUGACGCCUGUCAAUGAGUUCACACCAGCCUGCCCUAACGGUGCCACCUUCACCGUGCCAGAGACGGCGGCUUUUGGCAGCUCUGUGGGGUUCGUGGCCGGCACCGACCGCGACUACCCGCCAAACAGCCUGGAGUACAGCCUGGAGGGGGGCACUGGCCCCACACAGCCCUUCUCCAUCGACACACACACCGGCGAGAUCCAUGUGGUGGGACCCCUCGACUCCCAGCAGCACAAGAGCUACAGGCUGACAGUGCGGCUGACGGACACGCACAAUGACCUGAACCCGGCAAUGCGCCGGAGCCGCCUGUGUGACGUGACCGUGCGCCUGCAGGCUGUGCUGGACCGGGCACCGGUGUGCACCCCCGAGGUGCAGGAGCUGUGGGUCACGGCCAGGUUGGGCGGCCGCCAGCCUGUCACCCGCCUGGCUUGCCAGGGCAGCCCUGAGGGCACCGCCCUGACGUACACCAUUGUUGGAGGCAACGAGGAUGGGCACUUUCAGCUGCAGGGGAACACCCUCUUCUACCUCUCUGAUGACCUGCCUGAGACUCGUACCUUCGUGCUGCUGGUGGAGGUGUGGGGCCGCCCCAGUGUCCCCCGCCGCAGCACCAUGAUGGCGCUAGUGGUGCACAUCAUCCCCUGGAGCACCACGGUGCCACCCAGCACUACCACCUGGCACACGACCCUGCGGAAGGAGCCACUGGUGGUCACUCGUACAGAGGUGGCGUGGCACCCACCAGCCUGGUUUGUGGCCGUGCUGACCAUCUCCGCUGCCCUGCUGCUGGCCACCCUGGGAUGCCUGGCUUGGAGCCUGCUGCUCAACAACAGAGACCCUGGCAAGCUGCUCCUGAGCAAGAGCUCCUGGGAUGUGGCAGAGCAGAGGGGUGACAAGGAGGAGCAGGUCUGUUCCCACCCCAGCAGCCUGGGGCAGUUCGACGGCCGUGCCCAGGACCCCCGCACCGGCAGGGACUAUCUCUUCAGCAGCGUGACCGGGGCACGGCGCUGGAUCUGACCCAGCGAGGGACGGGCUGUGACCCACAGCUCCCGCGGGCCACGCUGUGCAGAGCA